AUGAGGUCUCUCAUCCCCUCGCCGCUGAAGCUGGCGCGCCUCGCCCUAUUGAUACUCACACUUGCCGCCCUCUUGCACGUAUCGUUAUGGUACGCGCGCCUCCUGCACCAGACGCACUUCCCCUCCAAAGCACCGACCAAGGGCUCUGCUUCCGCCGUUCGGCGAAUCUUAGAACGCCUCCGAGCUGCGCAGGAGCAGCACGCGAUGGAACUCAGCAAGGGUGGACCGACAGCUCGCGCCGGCGCGAAGGGUGCCGCCACCCGGGAUAAUGCAGCAAAGAAGGGAAGUCGGUGGGGCUGGGGCCGCAGCGCGAAGGAGCAGGUCCCGCUGGAGCCAGAGGUGAAGCACGAGGUCGGCGCCAACGGACUCAUGAGCACGAAUCCCGACGCUGGACAUCCGAUCUACCAGCUUGUGGCCGAUGCGAAGAAGAGGUGGGAGGGGAAGCUCGCCAAAGCGAGCCGCAGUCUGCCGCAGGCGGUGGGCGAGUACAGGAGGAGAUAUGGGCGCGAUCCGCCUGCUGGUUUCGAGGCUUGGUGGAACUACGUCAAGCAGAAGAACGUCAAGCUGCCGGACGAGUAUGACCAGAUUACCCGCGACCUCGAGCCGUUCUGGGCCUUCCGCCCCUCACACCUGCGCCAGCUCGCUCGCAAAGCCGGCCGGAUGGAGGGCUUCUUUGUCCUGACGUGCAGGCGCGGCAGGUGUCGGGCGGUACUGAAUGAGGAGGGAUUGAAGGGCGAGGCACUCCGCGUUGCGCGCGAGCGCACCCAGGCGCAACUCAACCUCCUUACGCCCGUUCAGCGCUGGAUUCCGGACAUCGAGCUGCCAGUAUACGCGCACGACACGCCGUGGCAGUUUGUCGGCCACGACUUCAAGUCGAGUCUCGAGGACGCGACAAUGCUCGGAGAGUAUUACGAUGCGGGCUCGGAGAUCGACACGCAGCACAUUGGCUGGGCCUCGGCUUGCGCUCCGACACGACCACUGCGCUCUUUCAAUCCUGCCAACACCACCGCUAAUCCGCACACCUUUGUCUCCUCGCAUUCGCUCUCAAUGGAUCCCUGCCAGAACCCGUCUCUCGUGUCUUCGCAGGGCUUCCUGCUCGGGUAUGGCGCUGGCCCGCGACCAAGCGACGAGAUCUAUCCCGCCCUCAGCCUUUGCAAGACACAGCUGCACGCCGACGUGCUCGGAGUCGUGCACGAGGGCUGGACAGAGGACGUGGGCCCCGACCCCGAGUGGGACACGAAGGAGAGCAAAGUGCUCUGGCGCGGGAGCAACACGGGCGUGUUCGCGAAGAAGGGUUACGGCUCCAUGAAGGACGGGGCCUGGGCCAAAUCGCAGCGCAUGACACUCGUGGCCAUGACCCAGAAGACGACGGGUACGCGCUCAGUGCUCACCCCGACACUGCCGGGAUCCCCCGUCGGCGAGCCGCAGGAACGGAGCUAUGCCGACCUCAACUCGGUCAUCGACGUGGGCUUCACCUCGCCGGCGGUGCAGUGCGAAGCCGCGCUCUGCGCCAAGAUCGAGCGCGAGUACGCCUUCAAGCCCCGCGUCGGCAAGUCGGAGCACAACAAUGCCAAGUAUCUCCUAGACGUAGACGGCAACGGGUGGAGUGCGCGCUUCAAGCGGCUCAUGUCCUCUCGCAGCGCUGUGCUUAAGGCCACAAUCUUCCCAGAGUGGUACGCGGACCGCGUCCAGGAGUGGGUGCACUACAUCCCCCUCCGUGCCGAUAUGGCGGACCUGUACGAUGUGACGCAGUUCUUCCUGGGCGGCGCUGGAACCGAAGGCGACGCCGAUGCGCAGGGGCAGAAGCAGCGCGACGCGAUGGGCCAGGCCAUCGGCGAAGCGGGACGAGACUGGAGUCUCAACUAUUGGAGACACGAGGACAUGGUCGCGUACCAGUUCCGCCUUGUCCUCGAGCUCGCGAGGUUGCUGAACGACGACAGGCACGGCGCAAGCUACGCGCCCCCCAUGAGCGAUGAGGACAUCUUCUAG